UCGGGUCAAAAAGCCCCUCUUAUACAAGAUGUUAGGGUUUCCAGCGUCUUCCUUUAUCUGCGUCUCUCACCUGGAACCGGUCGAUCGGUCGGUGACACUGCCUCGCCUUCAUCAGAUCUGGUUGUCUCUUUUAUAUAUCCCCUUGAUGAUGCAGCCUGAUGAGAAUGUUCUGAUGCAGGUGAAUUUAUUAAAUUAAACCAAUCACUUCCUUGGAAAGUAAAAGCAAGUUUGCUUGGUUAGUGUCAUCCCCUUUUAACCUGCCUCCUCCAGUUAGUGCUCGUCCCCUGUUACAAUGGGAACACCAGAGACCUCUCGUGAACCUUGCCCUGACCGUAUACUUGAUGAUGUUGGCGGAGCAUUUGGUAUGGGUGCUGUUGGAGGUUCAGCCUUCCACUUCUUAAAAGGCAUAUACAACUCGCCUAAAGGUGAGCGCUUGAUUGGUGGUACACAGGCUGUGCGCAUGAAUGCUCCUCGUAUUGGUGGUAGUUUUGCUGUAUGGGGUGGACUGUUCUCCACAUUUGAUUGUUCAAUGGUUUAUCUCCGGCAGAAAGAAGAUCCUUGGAACUCAAUUAUUGCUGGUGCAGCAACUGGUGGCUUUCUACAGAUGCGGCAGGGAUUAGGUGCUGCUUCUAGAUCAGCAAUGUUUGGUGGAGUUUUACUUGCAUUGAUAGAGGGAGCUGGAAUUAUGUUAAAUAAAGUCAUGAGUGCUCCCCAGAAUUUCCCACCCAUGGAUGAGCCACUACCAAAUGUCCCUGGGGUGCCUGGAUAUCCACCUGGGCAGCUGCCUGGUCAACCAAUGGGGCAGCUUCCUGGUCAAGCUCCAGUAAGUAUUGAUGGUAUGAUGACAGAAUCUUCUGCACCAUCCUCUUCUUCCCCAACUUCCUGGUUUGGAGGGCUUUUUGGAGGUGGAAAGAAGGAGGAAACUGUGACAAGCGGUGGUAGCAAGACACAGGUUUUAGAGAGCUUUGAUGCUCCUAGCCCACCUACUUUCGAAUAUAAAUGAGUUUAGAGAUUUAAUUAUCAGGGGGGAGCGUGUUGGUGGUCAGUACACUUGUCACGGUUCUUGAUCCAAUGCCAAUUUUGGUGUUAGUAAAUGGCUUGUUAUGGAUCUUAUAAUGACAUAGUGGGCUUAUUGAGUUAAGCAGUUAAAUCUACAGCAUUUGACUUAAAAGUAAUAUUGCAUCAUAGCUUUUAGUGGUAUUUACUUUUGAUUAUUGUAUGAGUUUUGACUACUUAUUGUUCAAACAAAUGGAAAAAUAAUAUGGAACGUUUGUGGUUGUAUAUGGAAAACACCUGCUUAGUCAGCAUAUUAAUGAUCUUUUUGUAGGGCCAUUAUUCAGGAUUA